AUGACAGCCGUUCUGGAAAGUGUUGCUGAUAAUAAGGCCCAAUGGGAAUCAACUGUCGAGACAACAUCCUCACAUUUUGAUGAAACAGGGGAGCAGAAAUAUAAGAUCAUCUUACCAAAUGGUGAAGAAUUGAAAGUCAUCAAAGACUGGACUGAUAAAGAAGAGGCUCGUGUACGUUUAAAGUUGGAUUUCUUGAUAUUACCCAUCUUGGCUGGAUGUUUUUUUACCUUACAAUUGGAUCGCUCAAAUUUAGGAAAUGCGUUGACUAGUACCUUAAGAAAAGAUCUAGGGCUGACAAGCUACCAGAUAAAUGUUGGAAACCAAUUGCUAUAUAUCGGCAUUGUGCUAUGCGAAAUUCCAAGUAAUUAUGUUUUGCAAAAAAUUGGCCCUACAGUGUGGUUAUCGUUUCAAGUUUUGGCAUGGGGUCUUAUUGCGUUAUCACAAGCGUUCAUGAAAAAUUAUUCACAAUACUUAGCUCUAAGAAUAUUGUUAGGUAUUGGUGAGUCAGGCUUCAUACCUGGUAGUCUUUAUACUCUUUCAAAAUUUUAUAAAAGGAACGAGUUAGCCCGUCGCCAUAUUUAUUUCUUUUUGGGAAACAUUCUAGCGAGCUGUUUGGGAGGGUUUAUUGCCGGUGGGAUAAUCAAAGAUUUGACUGGGAAAAAUGGAUGGCCUGGUUGGAAAUGGUUGUUUUUCGUUGAAGGUUUAGCAACAAUUGGUGCAGGUUUAAUAUUGGGUGCUUUUUUACCUAUGUCCCCAGAGAAAACUUCAUCCUUGCUAUUCCCUAAAUUUGAUUUAUUUUCAGACAGGGAACGUCUUAUCUUGAGAUCGAGAAUCUUACUUGAUGAUCCUGUGAAGGCACUAGAUAUUCAGAAGAAAAUAACAUUAAGAGAUAUUGGAAACGCUGUUUCGAAAUGGAGAAUUUGGUUACACUUUCUUAUCUCGGCCACUGCAAUUGGUCCAAUUAUUCCAAUAGGUACUUAUUUGCCAACCAUCAUCAAAAACAUGGGAUAUACUCAAUUUCAAGCUAAUGCCAUGUCCACCAUUAGCUCAUGGAUUUGUGCAGUCUUCCUAGUCAGUUCUGCAUUUACACAAGAUAAAUAUAAACCAAGGGCAGCAGCUUUGUUAGUCUUUUCAGGCUUACAGAGUGUUUUUGGGAUUGUUUUACGCGCUAUAACUACAAGACACUCAAAUAAGCUAAGAUUUUCAAUGAUAACUGUUUUCAGUUGUUUCACAAGUGUGUGCCAUUUGCUGAAUACAAGUUGGGUAAGUGUUAAUGCAACUAGUCCUACAGAAAGAGCAGUGUUUUUAGCUAUUGUCAUCAUGGCAGCAAAUUGUGGAGGUGUUUAUGGUGCUCAGAUAUUUCAAGAUAAUGAUGCUCCAUAUUAUCCAAGAGGAUUUUUAGCUAUUUUACUCUUAAGUAUUGUCUUGCUUCUCUUGGUACUUCUGGCGUUUUUUCAAUACAAACUGGCAAACAAAAAACUGGAAAGCAAGUAUGGGCCAGUCCAGAAAGCUGAGAGCAGAGAUCAAGAGAAACCACCAGAAAGACAACACACUUGA